AUGGACAUUGCGCCCGAUGCCACAACCACAAGCCCACAGAGACGGACAUUGCGGCGCGCGCCUAUAUCUUCGCUUUGCCCAUGCCGUGCACGCCCCUCCUCAGCGCUGCCACUGCCACCGCGCCGUCUCCCGUCCCCCGUCCGCGCGCGCGCGCGCACGCACGCCGGCCAGGCCCAGGCCCAGGCCCUCAUGGAGGUCGGUCCGACGCAGCAGCGCCUCGGCGACAGCUUCUCCCGCGGGUGGCUGGCGAAGCGCGGCGCGCGGGCGCCGUCACUCGAGCACCUCGUCGCCGACGCCGACCUCGGCCAUUCCUUCGGCAGCUCCAGGUCGUCGUUCAUCGACAUGGACCCCGCCGCGCUCUUCUCCAUGCGGUGGACGGCCACGGCCGCGCCGCCGCCGGAGAGCGACUUCGAGUUCGGGCUUAUUAUUCCCGGUGGCGUGGGCGGGGGCAGUGACCCCCCGUCCCCGGCGCUGGUCAGCGCGAGCCGCCGGGUCAUCCGCGACGGCCGCCUCGUCCCCGGCGACCCGCUGUUCUGCUCGGCCCGCAGCGCGCCGGCCUCCCCGUCCCCGAGCCCGUGCUGCGGCGGGAGGGCCGCCGCCGCCGGGAGGCGCUCGUCGUGGUGGAAGAUGCCGCUGCAGUACCUCCGGUUCCUCCUGCCGCUGUACCGCAAGGUGAGGGCCCUGCGGCGUCUCCCGGCGCCGAGGCGGCGGCCCCGCGUGGCGCCGGCCAGCCCGGCGCGCGCGUCCGCGUCCAGCCUCGACUGGUGCCACGGCAAUGCCGACACCGCCGUCCGCGACGCCAUCCUCUACUGCAAAAAGUGCAGCGCCGCCGGACAACAAGACGCAUAGCACACGACCUUGUCACGUGAAGUCCUCCGAGCCGUCCGUCGCCCUGUGCCGUCUCGUCACCGAGCUCUUUGUCUGCUCAUCGUCUGUCCGACGUGAUGGCGGUCAUGGCAUCGCCCUGUGCCAUCUCUAUACCACACCUCGCACAAAGAUUACAGCGUCCGUGUAUUUGAACUGCCGCGUGAAUGGCUCGUGAUGUACAGUUUAAAAUCCAAAGUUUAAACAUUAAUCCGUAGAAACGAAACGGAGUCGGCCUUUUCUGCCUCACGUACCGGUGGUGGUGGCCUGGUGGGGGUGCCGGGGAGGGAAGGAAUAGUAAACAGAUUGCGGCAGCGACUGAAAGCGUCAUUAUUCCAGAAGAAAUCCUCGGCUCUUUAUACUGCUGACCUAGCACUCGUUUAGCACGUUGUGCUUGGCGCUCUCCGACCGUAAAUUGAAUUCGUUUGGUCGGCUCAACAAAAAAUUCGCGUUGAACCAGGGCCAUGCUUGAGAUUUCAGUGACCCCGGACGAAAGUUUAUAUAUA